AUGUUCAAGUUUUCCAGCUCCUCGUCUUCCUCCCUCCUCGCCCGCUCGCUCCUCCCCAAGCACCAAGUCCCCGCCACUCGUGCCUUUCACGUCUCUGCAGCCAACAUGGUGAAGAAGGCCCACUUUGACGUCUCCUGGACCGGCCCCGAGUACAAAACCGAUGCUUCUGGAGAAGUAACCUCAAAGGACGAUUCCGUCAAGCCCCGCAAUGGCCGCAUCAAUUUUGAGCUCUACGACGAGGUCGUUCCCAAGACCGUGGAGAACUUCCGCGCCCUCUGCACUGGCGAAAAGGGAUUCGGUUACGCCGAUGCCAAGCACAACUCAUUCCACCGCAUCAUCCCCGACUUCAUGCUUCAGGGCGGUGACUUUACCCGGGGCAACGGCACUGGUGGCAAGUCAAUCUACGGCGACAAGUUCGCCGACGAGAACUUCAAGCUCACCCACGAUCGACCUUUCCUCCUCUCCAUGGCCAACGCCGGCCCCAACACGAACGGCUCUCAAUUCUUCAUCACCACCGUCGUCACCUCGUGGCUAGACUCCCGCCACGUCGUCUUCGGAGGUAUCCCCAAGGGCGAUGCAGCAAGCAUGGGUGUGGUCAAGUCGAUCGAGGCGUGUGGAACUAGCAGUGGCGCUAUCAAGUACAAGGAGGGUCCACCAAAGAUCGUCUCCGCUGGUGCCGAGUAG